AAGUGUCUUAGUUUAUUCUUGUUGCUCUCGGACAGGACAACAAAGAUGCUGGUGGUGUUUGGGAUCCUCCUGCACAUUUCUCAGCAUGCCUUGGCUGGGGUGGUAGAGGUUUAUGAAGGGGCGGAGUCUGUCCUGCUGCCCUGUCAGUACUCUGGUAUUAUACCUGAUGAGGACCUCUCAGUUUUAUGGACUCUAAAUGAUAUCAAUUUGAAAGUCGUCCACCUACGAAGAGAGCAAGGGGAUGAUUAUAAAGACCAAGACCAGCAUUACAGAGGACGGACCUCAAUGAGGCCUGAUGCUUUGGCUACGAGAGACUUCAGCCUGACUCUGAGGAAACCUCACCUGUCUGAUAGUAGAAACUACAUCUGCAGCAUCGCUGAUGGAAUACAAGAGCUGAAGCUGACACAGGUUCAGCUCAAGGUCAAAGAUAACCAAAUAGAGGUAAAGGUAAAUGAAAAGGCAGAGUCUGUUGUCCUGCCAUGUGAAACAUCAGCUGACCUAAAAGAGGACACAGUGGUGGAGUGGACUCGUUCGGAACCAUAUUUUAGCCUUGUCCAUGUGUUUCCCAACACAAGUAAGCUCCACACAAAACAGGACAACCUUUACUGCAGUCGUACAGAGAUGAAUGUUGACCUGCUGAGGACUGGAGACCUGAGUCUGACUCUGAAGUACCCCACGGACAGAGACGAGGGAAGCUACAUCUGCACCGUCUACAGAGACGAGGACAUCCUCAGACAGAAAGUAGUUCUGCUUCAUGUCAAAGAAGGGCCGUUUCCAAAAUGGGCAACAGGUCUCUUGAUUUGUGUGGUUCUUUUGGUUGUGGUUGUCGGGGGAUGUUUCUUCCUUUUUUGGUACUAUCGCAGGACAGUCAAUGUGACGGUGGAAUCAGGAGAACCGUCUGUCCUGCUGCCCUGCUGGUACCUGCCUGACCUUCAUCAGGAUGUUGAGGUGGAGUGGACAGACAGCCACAACAAGAUAGUCUAUGUGCAUAAAAACGGACAUGGCGGGUCUAAAGAACAAGACAUAGCUUACAAAGGCAGAACAGCAAUGGUUGAAGGCCGGAUGAAAUUUGGAGACUUCAGUCUGACCCUAAAAUAUCCCUCAGAUAGAGACAGACAAACCUACACCUGCACCAUCAGCAGAAAGGGAAAGAACCUGAUGAAGAAACGAGUGAUCCUUGAUGUCAAAGACACCAACACCUGCACCGUCUACACCAAGGAGGGAGAAAUCCUCCGGAGGAAGGAGUUCGUUCUUCAUGUCAGAGUCCCUGAGGUGGUGGUGGAUGCAGGAGCCGAGUUUGUCAAGCUGCCCUUUAAAACCAAAGAAAUGCCGACAUGUGAGGACAUUGAAGUGGAGUGGAUGAACAGCAGAGACAGGAGGGUCCAUAGAUUUCAUCAUGGCUCAGACCACCAUGAAGAUCAGUUCUGCUCCUACAGAUGCCGAACAGAGUUGAACAAAGACCGGAUAAGGACUGGAGACUUCAGCCUGACUUUAAAGUAUCCCACAGACUGGGACAGUGAUGUCUACAUCUGCAAAGUCUACAGAAAGGAUGGAACCAUCCUGACAAAGAAACGAGUGGCGCUAAAUGUCAGAGGCUGUUGGGUGGAGAAGCAGGAAGGGUUGAUCCAGCUUCCCUUUAAGACCUCACCUGAUCUGCUGAAAGACUCCACAGUGCAGUGGUCACAGGUUGAACCUAAAUAUAGAAUUAUCCAUGUAGUAAAUUCUCAGAACAGAUCUGACCAACCUGAAGAACCAGAGGAGUAUAGAAACAGAACCACGAUGAAUGAAGACCUGCUGGAAACUGGAGACCUCACUCUCACCAUUAAAGACCCCACAGAGGAUGAUCUAGGAAAAUAUACAUGUGUUAUUUUUGGCAAGGACAACCAGAUUAUGCAAGAGAAAACUGUUCAAGUUGAAAGGAAAGUUCAACCAGAGGAAUCAGAACGGACCCCCCUGAUUUCUAACUGAUCUGUCCGUUAAGUUUGUUGAUCCCCCAUUGAUUAUUGAUCCAUUUUAACUGUAACCCCCCCAAGGUUAGGUGCACAGGUAAUCCUCUUCACCCAUACACUUUACACAGCCCAUUGAAUACAAUGCAUGGUAGGCCUAUUCACAUAAGCCAGUACUAUAUACCUCGUAUUUGCCCUUGUUAGUGUUUUACACUCAAACAUUUUAGGCUUUACACACAAUAUGCUAAUUGUCUUGUACCUUAAUAUAUUCACAUAUGCUUUUUGAUAACAUUAAUAAAUGCAGUGUCUUUGCAAAUAAACAUUGUUUACUACAGCCACUAAA